AAUUAAAGAUUUCGUCCCACGUUUUUAUUCGACUUUACUUAAAUGAUGUUACUAGUGUUUACCAUGCUGUGCAAUAUGCACAUAUGCACGAUAUUCAUAUCGAUUAACCGAGUGCAGAAAAUCUCAAGAGAGAUUCGGGUCAAGGUUCCACCUGCACAUGGAGUUGUACGAUGUAGAAUAUACAUUCAUGGUAAUUGAGUCGUGUUGUACUCUAGGUUUUAACAUUUGGUUGCUUUACUGCUACAGAAACUCAGUGCUGAGAAAGGCUGUUGGUCUGCCGCAUGCUGGAUUGUGAUGUAAAAUCUGUUUGUUUAGCGGUGGAGUGUUUAUUAUUAUUAUUUUCAUGUUUUGGUCACAGGUGGCCGUAUAAUCCACAGGAGUUGUUGGUUUUACAGAGACUUGUUUACAAUGACAGUUUAAUUUGACAUCAGGUCAUACCUCGUUGUACCUGAUCUGCUUCUUUUAUGUCAAAUGUGGAAGAAUUAAGAUAAAUACUUUUCAGAUUUAGCUCAUGUCUUGGGUACUAUAGAGUUUUGUUUGUUUUGUGGCGGUAAAAGGCGAGAUACGUACAUGUUACUGGGUUAAAAAAAAAUUAUAAUAUUGUAUAGGAUGUAUUUUGCACUGAUAAAAAUGUCUCAAGCUCUAGCUGGAAAAAAAAGUGUACAUUUAGGCCAUUGAACACAUUAUAAUAGAGCUGUGAUAGAGGGCGUGCGGGGGGGGUGGAGGGGAGUGAUGGGGGGUAAUGAAUUAUUAUUUCCGUUAAAAAUACACACACAUUGGUGGUGUAGUUCCAAGCCUUUGCCAUAUACACAUGUAUAUAAAGACGCACAGUGUAAGAGCGGCGAGCUGACGUCACUGACCAGAAUGCCAGGAGCAGCAGCAAAUGUGUGCAGGGAGCUGCGCAGCCGCUCUGCGCAUCCAUUCGCUCUACUUGGAACCGCGCAGCCAUUCUGGUCGUGAAUAAAAAGCGACGAGAAUACGUUGACGUUGAGUGUCCGUCACGCACGAAACUGGCUGAAGUUGAGCCAAAGACCGCAUUUGGACUGACAGACCGGUCCAAACUUUUUUUUUUCCCCCAAAAAAAUCAACGCCUGCGCAGACAGACGCACGUCUCCCUCUCCCGCCAUCGUUCCGCUUAUUGUCAUUUUGUCUCAGUUUCAGCCAUGGAGGGUAAUCAGCAAGGAGGCCACGCCACGAUGCACGUGAAGAGUGAAGCUGUGGACGAAAGCACUCCUGCAUCCUCGGGUUUGUGCAGCCAGGAACCGCCUGCAUGCAAGGGAGAACCGGGAGGAGGGGGAGGAGGAGGAGAGCAUCAGACUGCAGAGGAGCUGCAGGCAGCUGCGACAGCCACUCCUGUGCUGCUGUAUCCUGUGAACACUGACAGGUUCUUCGGUUCCUCGGGAGAUGCAAAAACGUACCUGAAGAUAGCUCCAGCUUCGGCGAUGCCACCGGCUCCUCCAGAAAAGACACUUCCCUCCAGCUCAGAUUUCUCCUCCAAAGCUGUUCUGUGUUUGAUCGAGGCCGUCGGACGACGCUGGGGCCUGUACGAGACCAGGGAACGCUCACAGCUCUUCCAGAGCGUCCAGGAAGAGAUGGCCUCCAAGGGACACAUGCUUCCUGUGGAAAAAAUCCGUCGCAAAUGGAACAACCUCAUUGUCACGUACAAGAGGGUGAAGGACCGCAGCCGGGAGACGGGACAUGCAAAAACGUCCUGGGAAUUCUUCGACUUGAUGGACGCCACCCUCUGUGACACUGUCGGCUCCCAGGUCCUCAACAACAAAAGAACCAAGGGCGGCAGUUCUGCCUCCACAACCUCCUGUCCUUUGACAAAAAUCGUCUCAAAACCACAGCUUCCACAGCCUACGACCAUCAUCUGCCCCAACAGUGACUUUGUCUUACCUACGUCUUUGGACUCUGUCGCCACGAGCAGUCAAAUUAUGGGCAGCAGUCCGGCGAUGGCUCCUGUAGCCACGGUGACCAUCAGUCCUACGAACACUCCAGAUGUCAAGCCCCUCAUCGUCCUCAAUGGGGACAUCGUGACAACCAGUAUUCAUCCCGCCACCAUCGUGCCGUCCCCGUCCUUCAUCUCUUCGCCUUCUUUUACAGAAGCAGCCACUUCUUCGUCGUCUUCUUCCCUCGGAUCACCUGCAAACACAGACAUCAAAACGUCACGCUACGCAGGCCGCAAAGCCUCCUCCUUCUCAGCAGGGGUCAUACCUUUUCGCCUGAGUGCAGCUCCAGUCAGCAGCAGUCAGAAACUCCUCGGUCUCUCCUCCUCUUUCGCCCCCAUGUCCUCCUGUCUCACGUCUUCCGCUGCUGCCACCACGUUACCGUCAUCGGCCGCUUCAGGCAGCUCAGAAGCUCAAAAGCAAAUGGGAAACGAAGACCUGAGCAACAUGUCUCUGCACCAGGAGAUCAUGAAGCGUCAGGAGGAGCAGACCUUUCUGGACCAAGUGGCUCGUCGUAGGAUUGAAGCCAGGGAGAGGAGGCGUGAGCGGAGGGAGGUGCGGAUGGCAGAAUCCCUGGGAAGGAUAGCGACAGCUCUGGAGCUGCUCUCCUCCAAACAGGACACAGUCAUUGCUCUUCUGCAACGGCUGGCUGACAGGAAGUGAUGUCAUCUGCAAGGCUGCAAACCAGAAGUCAAGUGUGGAUUAUUUAAAAGCCAUUAGAUAAGAACAGCCUGGUGAACAUUAAGACAAUUCCCCC